CAGGACUUAGUGAAUCGUUAACUUAGUUAUUAAUUCUCAGCAGCCUGAAUCCAGAGUUGUCUAACUGUGCCUCCUUCCAAUAAAUAGAAAGAUACGCUCUCUUAAACUGAGGAAAAGAAGUGAGAGUAGACCGCUGCAGGAUCCAAACUUGUUGAAAAUAUGUCUCAGGAAGGCUAGGCUAGAGUUCUGGAUGUUCAUGUCUCUAAGCUCUCUGAAGUUAACUUUCUCCUCACUGCUCCCUCAGACCAUCUCAUCUGCAUCCACACCUCAGGGGGAAACCUGAGCAGCGCGAUUUCUUCGAGAUCUUCUCAGAGUCUGUACAGAUUGAAGAGGACACAGUUUCUAGAUCCCUCAGAAUCUAUCCAAGGAUGGUUCACACACAGUCUUAUAUAAACAUCUCCUUCUUCCAGCCACCAGCUUUCCUCCUGGUUGGCCUCCCAGGCCUAGAAGCAUUUCACGGCUGGAUAUCCAUCCCCUUCUUGUCCAUGUACACUGUGGCACUCACUGGAAACUGCCUCAUCAUCCUGGCUGUGAAGAGGACCCCUAACCUACACCAGCCCAUGUACUACUUCCUGUCCAUGCUGGCCCUCAGCGAUGUGGGGCUCACCUUGUCCACACUGCCCACCACUCUGUCAGUGCUCUGGUUUGACUACGCCUUCAUCGGCUUCAAUGCCUGCCUGGUCCAGAUGUUCUUCUUGCACGUCUUCUCUGUGGUGGAGUCCUCUGUGCUCCUGGCCAUGUCAUUUGACCGCUUCGUGGCCAUCUCCAACCCUUUGCGCUAUGCAGCGGUUCUCACAAAUAAUGUCAUCAUCAGAAUUGGAAUGGCCAUUGUAACUCGAGCCACUCUGUCCCUCUUCCCAGGACCCUUCUUGCUGAAGCGACUAAACUAUUGCCCUGGCAAGAUCACUUUGUCACAUUCUUUCUGUUUCCAUGGAGAUGUCAUGAAACGGGCUUGUGCUGACAUUACUGUCAACGUCCUGUAUGGGCUGUAUGUGGUUCUGUCCACUGUGGGUCUAGAUUCUUUGCUUAUUGUCCUGUCCUAUACCCUUAUUCUUCAUACAGUGAUGGGGCUGGCAUCUCCCAAGGAGCGGGUUCGCGCCCUGAACACCUGUGUUUCCCAUAUCUUAGCUGUGCUGGUGUUCUACAUCCCUGUCAUAGGUGUGUCCAUGAUCCACCGCUUUGGGAGGCACCUCCCCCAGCUCGUACAUGCUCUUGUUGCCUAUGUGUACCUGUUGGUGCCCCCUGUGCUGAACCCUGUCAUCUAUAGCAUCAAGUCCAAGCCCAUCAGGGAGGCCAUACUCAGAGUGUUAAGGGGAAAAUGUCAUAGCUGACACUGCCAGCUACUCGCAAGUUUUAAGAUCUGCAAAGUACUUAGUAAACAACUAAAAAAUUAGCAACUUCUGGAUGGGCCAAAUCCUAUCCCUAACUUUCCUGCCAGCAUCUAGCAAAGGAAGUACCAGAUUGGGAUGAAAAAUCAUUAUUAUGAUUAUGCUGUUAUUAUGCUAUUACUAUGAAAACUCAGGGCUUCACACAUGAUAGGCAAAUGCUCUAUGCCUAAGCUAUAACCCUAGUCCUGAUAAUUUGUUUCUAUUCAUUUAUUGCCUCAUUUAUCAUAUGUAUUUCCUCAAUGCCAACUUUUUUGCACGAUGCAAGGUACCAGGAACAAAGACAUUAUUCCUAUGUUGCCUUGUCAAAUUUGGUACAUGUAUAAAAUAUAUAAAUAGGAAAAUGUUUAGUACAGUGUAGUAUCAACAUUGUUAAAUGUGUGUGCAGAGUUCUGGAUAGCAGAGAAUCAAAUUACU